UCUUCUUUUUUAUCUGCCCCCAUCUGGUCAUCUCCACGUCUUCACUUGUCUGUCCUCUCUAUCACACAGUUGUUCUCUCAAAGCUUUUCCAUUUCGAGGAGUAAAGAAAAUAACGAAACAAAGAACAUGAUGUCAGGGAAGAGACCCAGGCCGAGGCUACCAAUGAAGAGAACAACAAGCUUGUCAGAGAUCACUUUUGAUCUAAACACUACCGGCGUUGAAGCUCCGCCGUCUGAUCCACACAAUAACCCUUUAAAAAACCACCCGAAACAGGACGCUGGCCUUCCCGGUGGCGUUUGGGGUCCACAGAUACAGGCUAAUGGUGGUGGAAGUGGCGGUGAUGGGGGAGGGUUAGAUCAGCGGUUGUUGGCGACGGUGUUACCUAGAGUUCAUAGAAGACAUUCAGCUGAUUUCAUGGAAACCCCUCAUUUCUUAAGGUCUUGCGGCCUUUGCAGACGUCGCCUUGUUCCCGGACGUGAUAUUUACAUGUACAUGGGUGAUAGUGCAUUCUGUAGCCUAGAGUGCAGGCAACAGCGGAUGAACCAAGACGAGAAGAUAGAGAAAUGUGCCGCCGCUUCAUCUGUUGCAAGAUCCAGUGUCUCCGCCAAAGGUGAGACGGUUGCCGCCGUUUAGCUAUAUUAAUCACUGCCGCCCAAUUUCCGUGCUACUAAAAGGAAUCUAU